AUGGGCCCCUAUACCGCCUCCUCAUGCUGCUGCCAGGCCCGUAAUCUGCCAUGGGCCCCCGUACCGACUCCUCAUGCUGCUGCCAGGCCCGUAAUCUGUCAUGGGCCCCUGUACCCCCUCGCCUCCUCAUGCUGCUGCCAGGUCCAGAGUGUGUCAUGGGUCCCUGUACGGCCUCCCAUUGCUGCUGUCUCUAUCGCCACACUCUGCCAUGUGCCACUUUCAGGUCUCCUCACACUGCUGGUGGUUUCCAUUUUUGUCAUAGGGUGCUGUAUGGCCUCCCAUUGCUGCUGCCUCCACCGCCACACUGUGGCUCCACACUCUGGUUUUGGCCCCGUGACUGCCCAAAUGAGUGAAGUGUGCGGUGAUUCUAAGAUCGACGGCACUCAUCUGCAUGUCAUACUGACUGACAGUAUUAUUUCUCUUCCCCAGCAGACUCCAAGGGCAUUUAAAUUAAAGGUACAGUGUUCUGCACUAAUAUUA